CUUGUUCGCAUCCCAUCGCGUCGAUGCUGUCAAAAAGGGAACAACAUUUGAUGAUCUCGCCUACUCGCUCUAUCCACACGCUACGGGACUCGUGGGGGAGAUGACGUGUGAAGAUUGGCAAAGAAUGAACAAAGACAAGGUGUCUCGUCCACUUCGGUCUUUGGGCCGCGAAUUGGUUAAACAAGCAAUGGACGAGAAGAUGAGAAGCCACGUCAACGCAAACCAGCCAUGCAUGUCCCGAAAACUUCGACAGUGGCGCCUAAUCUGCAUACCUUCACCAAGCACGUUCUUUUCUCAACAAUUCGAAAGAACGGUUGCCGCGGUCUCGCGAUACCCUCAGCGACAAUGCUGGACAAAUGAAAAGGGCUUGAUUUUCUUCAUGGUGCAUCGCACUUCCUAUUACAGUGCCACGCAGGAACUCGAACACAUGCUGGACGAGAUCCUUGCGGCAGGUCUGAACAUGUCCACGCAUGCACGUCAAGCUCUUGAGCAACGCUGCGCGGAAAACCCAUCCUCUGGGACCCUUAUAUGCGAGGACGGCUUGUUGACGUGGGAAGACUUCCUUGAGAGUUUUGGUCGUCUGAUGCAAUGGGCGAAGAAAUGCAUCCAGCGUGCGCUUUAGCCGCCUUAUCUGUCAAUGUUGCGACUGCUUCCAACCGAUAGUCCUUGUGGAUGUCCAUCCAGUUGAAUUUAGGUCACAUCAGUUCCAAGGUCAGUUUGUCAUUCGUAAAGUUCCACACAUCAAGGCCACAGAAGACAUUUGUUCUGCGGACUGGUUUCUGCCCGUAUUUCAUUACACUAGGGAGGUGCAAUGUGAAGUG